UUUUACCCUCGACUUGGACUGAAAUGCUCAAUUAAUUGUUAUUUUAUAGUUGUUAUUAAUUUUUUGAAAAUGUGAAUUUGUCAGAAAAAUGGAUUCAACUUUCUGCACCAGAAAGGAUGACAUUUUUCUAAAAUGGAGAUUAAAAUAAGGUUUUCAAUAUAAUAAAAAAUGGAAUGCCAACAUAUUAAAAAUGGAGGACUAUAUUUUCUAAUAAUUCUUUUGGUAGCUGUUGUUUAUAUUGAUGGCAGCUGUACAUUUCCGUCCGCCCUGACUGGUGAUUGGUAUAGUAGUAAUGGCGGAGAGUUGACCUUCACAUCAACUUCAUUUUCUAAUUUCAAAGUUGCAUCAUUCGGUUCCUAUACUUUUACAUGUGAAAUUAGCAGUGGCUCACAAUAUAUUAGCAGUUCAGAGGUAUUUUACGUGUUUAACCUACCAUUUAUUGCCUACAUAUGUAUGGAUUUAACCAGAAUUUCAGGAUACAAGUAUCGCUACUACCAGCCAACAACGCAACUGAUAGACGCCGAAUACAACAGAUUAAAGAUCUAUCUAAAUAACACAGUGACAGUCUCCGACAUCAGUACAAUAUGCGAGCUGUCAGACUAUACAACUUUAAGCUAUCACAUGCUUCUCAAAAAUAACACAAUAUCUAGUCAGAAAAUUCAAUGUCCAAAUGCAUUUUUGGGAACGUUUAAUUACACCUACGAUACCGGAAGCGGAAAUCUGUGUGCUGCUAGCAGUGGGUUAGACGUUUGUACAGACAAGUCCACAAUGACUUUUGAUUACACACUUUGCUCAGAGACCCAAGCUUAUUCUGCUGGCGGAAUAGUAAACUGUGUGUACUCCUCUACAUCAGGAUCUGCUACCUUGCUUCAUGUCUUUAACUUAGACUCUACAACAGAUGAAAGCACAUAUUAUAGAUUCACAUGUUAUGUUAUUGAAACAAUUAAUAGCGUUGUGUAUGCAACACAGUAUCCACAGGACUGUCAUUAUGGACAGAAUGCCACAAAUGUUAAUGCCACUGGAGGAAACCUGGUUCUAACAGCAGAAUCUACUUGUGUACCUGAGACAGUAGCAGCAGCUAGUAUUGGAAUCUACAUUGCCAUUGUUAUUCUGCUUCUAAUUAUCAUAAUCGCCAUUAUAUUUGCAAUAUAUAUGUGGAAGAAGAAGAAAGAAGAAGAAAAAAGAAAGAAAUUGGAGGAAGAAGAAAGGAGACUUCAACAAAAUACUAUCAGGGAGAAGAGAGAAAAUCCCGAUUUGAGACCGGAAAUGGACCUUGGACUUCCGGACGAUUCUAAAUAUAACAUCGAUCGUCUCAUGUACAGCGAUGACAAAAUGGUUACACCGUCAAAUAUAGAAAUUGAAAGAUUGAGAUCUCAAGGAUUUGCGGGAUUUGAUGGAUUUGAUGAUGAUUACAUGGACGAUUUUACUCGGCAAAAUAUGAUUGAUGCUUCCUUGUUCAUAGACAAGCGUCAGCGCCUGGAUCCCAUCGAUGAGAUGGAAGGCAGUGAAAGAGGAAGUGCUUCUUUUAUGAAAAGAUUCAAGGAACUCGCCCGAAGCAGAAUAAAAAGAAAGAAAAGAAAAGGUGGAAAAUCGAAAGGUAAAGGGAAGAACAAGAGUAAAAAGGACGCUGAUGGCAAUGUUGUGAAAAAGAAAAAGAGAUUAGUCCUUGACCUUGGAACUAUCGAUGCCGACGAUUGGGAAUCUGACGAAGACUUUGAAGGAGACGAAAAUGGUGAUGACGAUGUGAACCUACCAGGACAAGUUGAACAUUUAGAAGAACAAAUGCCUUCAGGGACCGGGAUUGGACCAGUCUUGUUACAAAGGAAUGUUUUAGCAGACAGAAAAGUGGUCCAGGAACCAAAAGGCAAGAAGAAGAAGAAAAAGAAGAAGAAGGAUUGUACUGAUACUGACGAUGAAGAUGAUCAAUGGGUGGAAAUGGAUUUGGAAAUAGCUACGCCAAGACUAAUUCUUCCAAACUUACGCCCUGAAAAGACGGACACAGAUCAGGAUAAUAAAAAGAAAAAGGGUCCGACUACAUUGGCGCCACCUGUUACUAAGAGAAAGUCGUUAACGUCCCUCAAGAGUUUCCCCUCGAUGAGAAGUGCAAAAGUGAAUAAUUGGACACAAGAGCAGGACUUGGACUUACCGCUUUUCUUUGAGGAUCCAAAAUUAAAAGACCUACCUCCGCUCCAAAGAGUGAAUAGAAAGAAAAAUCCGAAACUAUGGUCCGACAUUCUUGCCAAAUUUGGUGGGGAUUUAAAACUUGGCAAUGAUCCAAAUAGGCUUAGAUGGUCGGAGAGUAAAUGGCGUAAUUUACUUGAGGAGCUUUACACUGACAAAAAAUACUUUGAUUAUAUGACAAAAUCUGCAAAACAUAACCCAGCAGAAAGAGACGUUGUUGGAGAAGCAAACGAAGGACUUGGUUAUCUGUUUGAAAGAGCCAAUUUCUGGAAAGAACAAGAACCAAUACCAGUUCGCCCACCUUCAUGGAGAUCACACUCUUUUGCGCAUUCAGCUAGUUCCCCAAGGGGUAAAACUCCAAAGAAAUCAAAAUCUUUUGUAAAUUCUACAUCCGUUAAAAGUACAAAUGACACAGUAUCAGGAGAAAGCUCUGGAGGUGGAUCAAAAGAAAAUUCAGUGCUUCAAAAGGACGAAUUGUCACCAAAUGAUAAUUCUAAUCUCCACAGAGAAAAAUCAAAGCUUUCAAGAGAGAAGUCAAACGUUUCUAAAGAGAAAUCUUCACUUUCAAGAGAAAUGUCGAAUGGUUCUAAACCAGCACAUUCAGUAAAAAGAGAAAGAUCGUUUAUGGAUUCGCCAAAGUCCUCGCCAUCUAAUAACAAUUCCAUGUUCAACAACUCUAAAAAUAACACACCACGACCGAAAAAAGUUCAUUUGCCAAAUAUAGAUGAUGCAAAUAAAGUGUAUAAAAUGGAUUUAAUGCCGAAAACUCCUUUGACACAAGUUAGAAUAGACAUUGACAGGGAAGAAUCCAUGUUAUAGUGAUUUUUAUUGUAAAGUGUUUUGGUUCAACUGUGAUAUAUACUAAUAUACUCUAUAGCGUGAUUUACCAAUUCCUUGUUGCUGAAGUCCUCAUCAGUAUUUUCAUAUUUGUGCCUCAAAUUGAUUGAAAUACUGUUUGUGGAUAAUUUGAUAAUGUACAUGAUGUAAAUGAAUUAUUUUCGACAGCGAUUUAUUUACUCGAUUUUCGCGAGUAUAUCAAACUUGGAUAUAUAUCAAUAAAGUAAAAAAUCGCAAAAGAAAUAAACCACCGCAAAAAAGUUACAGAAUUCCUAGACUCCAAUAAAAUAGAAUCUAACAUUUUUAGAAGAAAAUAUAAUCGAAAGUGAUACAAAAUUUCUGAAAUAAGGAGGAAAUAUUUACUCAAACCAUCCCCAAUAAAUUAUUAAUAUGUGCCCAUUGUUUGUAGCUUUAAACGUGUGUUCUGAUAUUAUUUUUCUUUUGUAUUAAUAUACAUGAGACCUACAGAAGGUACUUCCAUAAAGUAAACGGAUAUUGAAUAAGUCUGAAUAAGAUUAAUGCAAUAGUAAUUCAUCAUAUACUUUUACAAUUGAUUGAUUGAUUUAUUGGUGUUGGUAUUUACUAAACCACCUGUGUCAAAUGUUUAAUGAAUAUUAAGGACGACAACAAAUUUAACAAUAAACCAAACCUGAUGUUCCAAUAAAAAGGUCCAGGAUGAAGGGCGAAAACUGCAGAAUACUGAUGGAAAGGACGGCACAUUACAAAAGGUCACAAAUAUUCCCUUGCAACAUGGCACCUGAAAGAACCCCCCAAAAAGAAGUUGCAAUGGUUCUUUGACAGACUGAAAACAUGGCAUUCUGCAAGCACAGGGUGUCGAAAUAUUCGUCAUAAGUUCUCAUUCAGACCCGUAAAUAUCGGCCCUUAUAAUUAAUUAUCACAAAAAAAGAUCAAAGCAGAAAUACACAGAUUAUCGAUAAUACACCUUACUAAAAAAAAAAAAACCUCUCAUAUUCAUUUAGAAAACAUCGAAUAGAGCUAUAUUACAUAUAGUAUAACCCUGUGUAAAGUAUGUUCACGAUUCAUAAAGCAAAAUAAAAAAUAUAAAAUAAUAUAAAACUGAAUAUAUGGUUUGCUUUGAAAUUGGAGUUUCAUUUAUGCUGAUCAGAAUAAACUCCAUUUAUUUGCACAAAAUCGUAUUUGUCUAUUUGUUUAUCACGUUUACUGCGUUACUUUAUGUUAAUGUCUUGGUUUCUGCAUCCAUAGUUUUUGGUGGGGUUCGUGUUGCUCAGUCUUUAGUUUCUAUGUUGUGUUUUGUGUUUUGUGUACUUUUGUUCGUCUUUUUGUCGUUUUUCGUUUUUUGCCAUGGCAUUAUCAGUUUGUUUUCGACUUAUGAUUUUGAAUACCCCGGCCCUUUGGUAUCAAUGGCCUCUUUCCUUGAGCUAAAUUUCAUAGCUGCUAGCAUAUAGAAAUAGUUAAAUGGGGUAUGAUUGCCAAUGAAGCUAUCGCCCAGAGACCAAAGGACGGGCAUACAUUGAUACUGUAAAUAUAAUGUUUCAAAUCUUCGUGGAAUGACAUCAGCUUAUACUGAAGUUUAUUUAAGAAGGCAUUUUACCCUUAUAUGCAAUCUAACUAUACUAGACCAAGCAAUUGUGGUUGUUAACUCCAAUAGAAAUAACAUUCAAAGCCAUUUUUUUCAAAUUUGAAACUAAGAACGAUUUUCCUAUAAACGAAAUGAAUUUGAGAGACAAAAUAAUGAAUCUUUAACCUAUCGAAAGUAAACCAUAGAAUGGUAAAUUAAAAGGUAAAAUAACAAAAAUAACUAGGGGGCAGUAAAAAAAACAUACUUGGAAUAAAAAAAAAUUAACCAAUCCCUGCCAUUUCUUAUAGAAUCUAAUAGUGAAGUAAUAACCAAUCGGAGAUACCAGACAUACAAUAAAGCACGCCAGACGCGCGUUAUGAUGGAAACGAAACAUUCGAUUUGUAAGCCUACAUGUAUAUAUGAUUAUGGAAUUUCCAUAUAAUUUGGUCUACGUCGAAAUCGUGAAAAUUAAACGUGAAAGAUUCUGAUAGACUUGGGAUAUACAUGUAAUAAGCGCGCCCGUAUAACGAUGCAAGAUAUUCUAGACAUUGGUGAUGUUGAAAACAGUAAGUUUUUCCUAAUUACACAUGUCCGUUGAAUUCUGUGGCAUAUUAUUCUUUAACUGUCAUAGCACAUUUCCCACUUUGAGUGUAAUUUAGGAGUGGCACAAGGUUUUGAUUUGUUUUUUGUAAGCAAACUGACAGCUAUGUAAGUGACAGCACGUUCACAACAAAACAUUGUCUGUUUUCGUAACUCAAGUAUCUUCUUAAAGGUAAAUUAAAUAAGCAAGUACUUUUCAUCUCGCCUAUGGCACAAAGGCGUUCUGUUUCCGGCGUCAAUAUUUGUAAAAAAUUAUGAUUAGGUUACACAGGUGGAACAUAUCUCUCUGUAUUAACAGUUUAAGUUUUUAAUUUUACUUUUCAAAAUAUCUUUACCCCAAUGUCUUUUGAUUUGUUUUAUUUAUUUUCCACUUAUUUGAAUUUCAUUCAUGAUUUUUAAAUGACAAAAAUAUGUGAAUCUCUGCAUCAACAGAUAAAAUAUACCUUAAAAGGCUAAUAAACACAAAAAAAAACACGAGCAACACGACGGGUGCCACAUGUGGAACAGGAUCAGUUACCCUUUCAGAGCACCUGCGAUCACCCCCAGUUUUUGAUGGGGUUCGUAUUGUUCAGUUUGUCUGUUGGUUUUUUUCUUUUGACUUUGUCAGUAUAUUUUCGAUUUAUGAGUUUGAAUAUCCCUUUUGUAUCUUUCGGAUCUCUUUUGGAGAUAGGAAAAUGCAAGCAUGUUCAGAAUUACGAAAACAGGAUUAUUAACGUGUUAAUUCUUCCCAAUGUCAAUACGUAAGCAACUAUCAAAAAGAUAAUAACUAUCAAAGACCAACACUAUAAAGCUGGUUAAUAUGGGAAUCUGGGACUUUUUGUUAUUGUUUCUUGUUUUAGCCAUUGCAUCCUGCACAUUUGUUAUGUAACAGUGUGCCUAAAAAAUUAUACAAACACUCAACAUAUAUAUUAGAUAGCGAGCAAAAAUACCAGUGCUCCAUUGUAGGAAUUAAAAAUCACCUGUAAAUCAACAACACUUGCACGUGAGUAUAUUUGAUAUAUUAUGGCAUUUUAACUAUUUGAAAAUUAGAAUUUCCGUUUACAUGGUUUAAGUCUGUUUAAAUAGAACUUUUUUAUCUUUUGUGUAAGACAUGAAAUUAAAAACGAAAAUUGUUUUAAUUUCAACGAAGAGUAUUGCACAAUAUGUGUAAAUACAUUACUAGUCAUUGGCUGAUUUCGAUAACAAGCAAACCAGCAAUAGAAUAAUGAUUUUUUGAUUUUAUGAGUCUUUUUUCACUAUUGAAAACCCAUUUUGUCAUAAUUUUUCUAGAAAAAUAUAUCAUUGUUAUUUGAUAUUACGUUUGAUAUGGUACUUCAAAGGAGCAAUUAAUAUUACUCGAGGAGUGUUAACUGCACAGCAUCAGUGUAGUGGUGAAGAUUUCGAAAGACUUUAUGAGUCGAUUCUCUUACAGCAAACAAAUUAAGAAGGCAAUCGCAUAAAUUUAAGAAGAAUUGUUAUGAUUCAUAUCAAUUGGUAUUGACUACCGUAAAUGUUCUGGUGUUACCAAUCCUCAUGUUUCCCAGAAUGCAUUGUUCCUUAUGGUAUCCAGUUCAAAUAUUAACAAAAACUAAACUUGAUGAAUAAUCAGAUUAUCGGUAAUAAUGCUUAAUUCUAAAUGACAGACGUAUAACACUUAACAAACACAGAACAUUUACGGUGGAGUUUGUUUAUUAUUAAAUAGAGCACGUUUUGUACGUCUUUUAUUUCCUUACCUCUUGUGUAUUGCCUUUAUCCUAUUAUUAAUAUAAGCAUUGUGUACAUUUGUGCGCAAUACGAAUUUACUAAUAAAAAUCAGAAAUAAAAAAUGUCCGCGAUAUUGUCUAACAACCCAAAAGCAAAGCGUGCUCUGUUUACGUAUUGCUGUGAUAUAUGCAUAUAAAAAUGUAUAUGUAAAAUUUUUCAUAGAAAGGUGCAAAGAAGAAUCUCGACGUGAUAUCAUAUGCCACUCAAUUUCUCGUAUUGCACUCGAAGAAGAAUUCCAAAAAACCUAAGGACAGGAGCAA